UUGUUCAUAAUCUUGGCAUAAAGUUGGUCUGCUUAUUUUAUUAUCUUGGAGAGAAAAGAGUUCAUUUGAACUCUCAAAAUAUGAUUCUUGAUUAUGUAGUAGUACUCAUAACUAUUGCAUGUCUCUGUGUUUUCUCUCAACCCUGUGCUUCAUCUCAGUGUCCUAUUGAUCUCAACUAUGUUCUAACAAUCUCAUGGGACUCCUCUUCUUGCAGAAACAAUAUUGGAAACACAACGUCUGAUCACACAAGCAAUUGUUGCCAGACACUUACUAGCCUUUAUGGCGUUGGCAUUGCUCAACACCUCAAGAAGACGGCUCUUUUUCGUCUGCCGGACCUCCAGACUUCCUUAUCUUGCCUCUCAGAUUUCCAGAGCAGGCUCAGCUAUCUCAACCUGCCUGAAAAUCUUACAACUUUGUGUUUUCGGCCUCAGCAGUUCGUUAACACUUCUAAUAUAUGUGCUGACAUCCAAACGAAGCAGGAUUGGCUGACGGUGUUGGGGCAGUCUAUGUCCCUGGACACAGCUUGUCGGCCUGACCUCUCAGACCUCACUGCCUGUGAUGCAUGUGUACUUGCUGGUUUUCGUGUUCAGUCGCGAUUACUAGCAGUUGAUGGUAACGAUUCUCACUCGAAAGGUUGCUUUUACUACACUAUUUUGUAUGCUGCUGGAGUAGUCAAUGAGUUAGGCCCUGAGAGUGUUGGUGCACUGUCUUGCAUCUUUGGGCUGCCAUUGUCCUUGCAAACAAGUGCAGGAGAAUGGGCUCUCGUUAUCGGCUCAGUUUCAGCAGGUUGUACUGUUGUGGUGAUGACUUGUUUACUUGGUUUUUGGUUGAGCUGGGAUGGUGGGAAAAGGGAACAGACAGUUUCAGAAGGCUUUCCAAGUUUGGAGUCUGGUUUUGAGGAUGAUGGAUUGCUGAACUGGAGGCCAAAGGCCGACUCGCUACGGUUCAAGUUUCAAGAUCUUGAGACAGCAACUGAUAAGUUUUCAGAGAAGAAUUUGAUUGGCAAAGGUCAGUUUGGAGCUGUGUACAAAGGAAAAUUACCUGAUGGAACCGUGGUUGCUGUCAAGAAAGUUAUGGAUUCAGAGUUCCAAGGAGAUGCUGAGUUUUGCAGCGAAAUAGAGAUCAUCAGCACUUUGAAGCACAGAAAUCUUGUGCCACUUAGAGGUUUCUGUGUCUCAGAUGGAGGCAACUACAGAGAAGGGGAGAGCCAUAAAUACUUGGUGUAUGAAUACAUGCCAAACGGAAACUUAGAUGACCAUUUAUUCCCACAGCGGAAAGAUCGAUACAAGACUGGGACGAGGCCAAUGACUUGGCCUCAGAGGAAAAACAUAAUUCUUGAUGUGGCUAAUGCACUAGCUUAUCUUCACUAUGGAGUGAAACCUCCUAUAUACCAUAGGGACAUUAAACCCACAAACAUACUGUUGGAUUCAUAUAUGAGAGCGAGAGUGGGGGAUUUCGGGCUGGCAAAACAAGGAAAUGAAGGUGAAUCCCAUCUCACGACCCGGAUUGCAGGAACGCAUGGUUACUUAGCCCCAGAAUAUGCUCUCUAUGGGCAACUGACGGAGAAGAGCGACGUUUAUAGCUUUGGGAUAGUAGUUCUUGAAAUCAUGUGUGGAAGAAAGGCUCUUGAUCUUUCAUCGUCGACAUUCUUGAUCACGGAUUGGGCUUGGUCGCUGAUGAAAGCUGGGAGGUUAGAGCAAGUCUUGGAUCCUUCCCUUUUGGGGUGUGAGGAUUCUGUGGUGGAUAGAAGAUAUCCCAGAAUGAUAAUGGAGAGAUUUUUGCUUGUGGGGAUUCUGUGUGCUCAUUUGAUGGUGGCUUUGAGGCCAACAAUGUUGGAUGCUCUGAGAAUGUUAGAAGGAGAUAUUGAGGUUCCAACUAUUCCUGACAGGCCAUUGUAUGGUAUGACAUGAUUGUUCCUGGAUGAACUUAUGACGUUGACAGGAUGCAUUAUUGUGUAUAGUUUGUACAGAUGGAGGCAAAGUUGAAGUAAUUGAACAACCAGAGUGAUUU